CCUGAACAAGAGCGACGUCCCGACGGUGGGGUCAUCAGUUUCGUACUAAAAUGACGCCAUUUGCUGCAGCGCGGGUUGGUGGGGUCCCCUCGCGUGGUGCCCCGCGCCGGACCGGAGGGUAGGACGAGUUCGCAUCACUCAUCCAGGGGAACGGCGGCAGCAACGGGACUCGGACUUGAGACAAGAACCGGUCUUGCCCCACUGUUUACUACCGUCUGUCAUUAUAAGCCGCUGUGCCCAUACAUCUGUAACUUUCUUUUAAGUGUAUUCUGAUCAAAUUUAACCAUUAACCCCCUCCUUGAUCCACCGUCGAGGAUACUUUAUUUCGUCGUCAGUUACGAGUCUUGCUUCACUCCUUUGCCGGAUCGGACCAGAGGGGAAUAUAUAUCUCAACUCGAGGGGUUACCAGCGGCUUAACAUAUACCAUGGCCACCAACAUCACCUGGCACCCGUCGCUCACCCGGCACGAGCGGAACCAGCUGCGCGGCCAGCGCGGCUUCACCGUGUGGUUCACGGGCCUGUCGGCCUCGGGCAAGUCGACCGUCGCAACCGCCCUCGAGCAGCACCUGCUCCACAUCGGCGUGGCCGCCUACCGCCUCGACGGCGACAACGUGCGCUUCGGGCUGAACAAGGACCUGGGCUUCUCGGAAAAGGACCGCAACGAGAACAUCCGCCGCAUCGCCGAGGUCGCCAAGCUCUUCGCCGACUCCUCCACCAUCGCCCUGACCUCCUUCAUCUCCCCCUACCGCGCCGACCGACAGAUCGCGCGGGACCUGCACGCGAGCGGGUCCCAGGCCGGCGACGACGCGCUGCCCUUCAUCGAGGUGUUUGUGGACGUGUCCCUGGAAGAGGCCGAGAAGCGGGACCCCAAGGGGCUCUACAAGAAGGCCCGCGCCGGUGAGAUCAAGGACUUCACGGGCAUCUCGGCGCCCUACGAGGCGCCCGAGGCGCCCGAGAUCACGAUCCGCACCGACCAGCUCAGCGUGGAGGAGUGCGUGCGCAAGAUUGUGGAUUAUUUGGCUGAGAAGGGGCUGAUUAGCGAGACGCGGGAGACGAGAUGAUGAUUGGGGGAGGGGGGUCUGGUUUGGGCUUGAAUCUCCCACGGCGCUGGAGAUAUGUAGACCAUAUAUCGCGGGUUGGCAGUGAAAGAAAUAGCGGCAUUUUGCUGUCUUCUCACACCCAAAUCCGGCCUGGACCGGCA